UACACUUGCUAGGAACUUUUUCCUUUGUGGAAGCUUUGUGUUUGCUAAGCUAAUAAAAUAUUAAACAAUUAAUAUUUUGUGUAAAAUUAUGUGGCAAGUAGCCAUGUAACGAGCUGGAUAAUGUUCAUCCAGACGGCUGUUUACCCAAAAAAAAAAAAAAAAAAAAAAAAACUUCAUGAUACAAGACCUGAUCAUCCUGUAAAGGUUUAUUCUGUGAUAACCAGCUGGUCAGCCAUUAUCCCUUUAGUAUCCUAAAUGUUUUUUUUUUUUUUUUUUUCAAAUGUAAUUCAGAAUGACAAGCAUUUUAUUUGCCACAACAAAGAAGUAGAAUAUUUCUGUAAAGAUACAGCUGAACAGCAUUUCUCAAUGCACACCUGGUUAUGCACACAAUAAUGGGGGUCUAACAGAGUAUUACAUGACACAAUUGGUAUUAAUAUCAAAAGCAAUACCAAAAGUCCCCUUUGGACUAUGUGUCUUUAGGCUGUGGUGAUAACUAUGAACCUAUACCCAUUUUUUUUUUUUUGUUGUUUAUCACUGUAGAAUAGGCCUUUUAUAACAGUAACAACUGUGAAUAUAUGCUGUAUCGAAUUUGGGUCAGUACUGUUUGACCGAUACCCUGUCCAGCAAAAAUGGCAGUAUCAGAACUGAUACUGAAUAUCGGAUCGGUGCACCCCUAGAAAUAUUAGUCAAAAGUAAAUAAAUAGGUAAUUAUUAUAUCCACUGAGGAAAUGGAUGGCCUCAGUAAAGAAGCUGUCAUUGUGAUAGGUUAGAUAAGUCCUAGUCACUGUGCAAUGGUGUAGUGACGUCUAAUUUUGUCGAAAGAAGUUCUGAAAGUUGACUGUAGCUUUAGAUUUAGGUUUUAUAGCACAUUAUACUGGUUUAAUAAAUAUCAACACAAUAUAAUUAAUCGUUUGUUUUAACAAACAGGAAGUUGAAAUGAACAUGCAUUCAAAUAACAUACAUGUUUUGUCAGGUUUUCUUGUAGUAGGUCAGGUGUUCUAAAAGAGAAAAUGUUUAUGUAAACUGUAAAUCCUGUUAGACUGGCUCUACAUCUAUAUAAGCAGGAAGAGUUCAAGUCUCUGGAGUUAUGACUUGAUACUCGUACAUCACUAAGACGGUGAACACAAGCUAAAUAUAAAAAUAAUGAACAGCUUCUAGAAUAAAAGAGUGUCUCCAAACCUGAUGAGUGAGUCACCAGAGCUGUCUUGUGCUCAGAACUAUGGAUCACCCUCUGACCAUUGUGUUUUUUGGAAACUCUGCUGCAGUCCAAUUUCAACAUGACAAUUUUCUUCUUGGAGAAAUACAACCAAAUAUUGAAAAUGUGGCCAUACCCAGGACUGUUCCUUUACAGUUGAAUAAAUCUGGGUGUCGCGUCUCAGUGAUCAGCCUGAUUGGCUUACAUGAAACUGCACUUGAUCUGGAUUCUCUUACAGAUCAACUAGUGAAUGAAAAUGAAAUCAUCGCCUUCAUCUUUUUUGUGCGACUGGGCCAGUUAACAGAUGCUGAUAAGAUGGGUCUUGAGUGGCUUCAGAGAGUAUUUGGUGACAGAGUUCUUCAGUUUGUGAUGAUUCUCUUCACUUAUGAGAGCCAGGAAGAAUCUGACUCUAUAAUAGAUGAUCUGAAGAAAAACAUUGAGAAAUGUGGUGGAAGAUAUCACACCUGCAGCAAGAACAUGAACAACCAGUCAGAGAUGAGAGACCUGAUGAACAGAAUUGAGAAUCUGUUUACUGAUAAUAAACAGCAGUCCUACACUAGUGAGAUGUACACAGCAAAAGACCUGCAAAACAGGACAUGUCGAAGUGACCAACCCACAGUUAUCAAAAAGACUAUGGAUUGUACCUUGUUGAAAGAGAAAAGACAGACACGUAGGCGACACAUAGAGAAGUGUUCAUUAGAUCGGGCACGAUUAGAUGAAAACAUAAUUGGAAGGAGGAAGGAAAUAGAGUGUCUAUUUCACAGACUUCAUCUUGAUAACUGGCACCCCUCUAAACUAAGAGCUGCAGAUGUUCUUCAACUAACUACACAUUCAUUACAGUCUCAUGAGUGUUGUUCUGAUGAGGACCUCAUACAAGCUUUCCUACAAAAAAUACUCAUGAUGAACUACAGAGCAAGGCACAUUAAAACUAUAGACACACAACAAGAUGGGCAACAAAGAAACAGUGACUUGUUUGAAGAUGGGGAGGAUGCUGAUAUUUUCAGAGAAAUAUCUUUGAUUCCUGAAGAAACAAACAGGAGUGAUGCUAUUCACCCGAUGGAUGUUCAGAUGGCCGUGUUUCAAUGUGCUGAUAGUUUCCUCAAGCAGCUAAUGGUGACUAAACUGUCUCAGUGUCAGUACGCUCUGCCUCUGCUUGUUCCUGAUCCAUUCACACAAGAGAUUGAGUUUCCUCUCUGGACAUUCAGACAAAUAAACAAGAGCUGGAAGAUGAAAGAGACCAACAAUGAAAUCAUCAGUAUAAUCCAGCCAGUCUGGAAGGCAGAAACACCAAUGGUGUCUUUCUUCAGGUUUGACUCAGUGUCCUCAUCCAAAUCUCAGCUGAUGAACAGUCUGAUCAAUGAAAAACACAACACGUUCUUCCACAGGAACUGCCCAGGCAGCAGCAAAACCAGAGUACUGAUGGAUGGAGUGGUGGAGAUCGCAUGGUACUGCCCCUCUGGAAAAAAAACGGAUAAAUUCACUCAGUGUGUUGCGUUCUGUAAUCUACAUGGUGAUGCAGGAGACAACGAGAAACAGCUGCAGAUCCUCACUGAAAUGACCUCAGUCAAUGUUGUUAUUCUACCACAACUUGACAGAAAUGACAAGAGUGCAGCAAACAUCCAAAACCUGUUCAAAGACAGAAAACCACUUAUUUGUCUUCUUACUGAAGAUAAAGCUAAAGUAUUUGAAAUAAGGAAAGGAAAAUACAAAAUAGGACUAAAAGACAGAAAUCAGUCUGAUGUAUCUGAAGAAGUCAUAAAAGCUAUAAAUAAUUGUCUCUCAUUCUCAUCUUUAGAAUCAUCAUUUGUUUUUAGACUUGAAGAUGUGUCCAAAUACUCAGGUAUCACAGUAGAUGAGGAUUAUGACAAUGAAUGCAGCAAAGGGAAAAAAGCAGCCCAGCAGAUGAUGGUUUUACUGGAGAAAAAAGAUCUGACGGAAAUCAAAGAAUCAUUUCUGCCCUGUCAGGGGAAACCGUGGCAUCAGUGGUGUGAAAAGAACAAAGAACUACAUCGAUCUCAGGGAAAUGAAAUAGACAUAGAAAUAAAUCAGAAACAAGACAUGAAGAAAUUUCGUGAACAGCAGUAUAAAAAGGACAUUGGUGAUUUCAUGAAGUUGUUUAUUGCAGAAAUAAAUUCACAAUCUCCAAAUGAGAAAAUAUUUUUUCUAAAAUGGCUCACAGUUCUCCUGGAUGAAUACACUUCAGCUGACCUUUCUGCUCUGCAUCACAAGUAUGAUGAAAAGUGGUCAAAUGUCUUAAAACUGAAAGAGAACAAUGACAGAUUUGAGCAACAGAUGGCAACAAAUUUGUCCAAUGAACAAACUGAACUUGAUAAGAUAUCAGAAAAACUUCAAGCAGCAACCUUUGGCUUGGAGCACAUCCUGAGGGAGAUCGGUCAGAUCUAUGAAUCAUGUAAAUCAGUGAAUAAGAACAAGGAAGGCCUGCCGUGUGAUUUUUCUUCUCUCCCGAGUCUUGCAGCAGAGAUGAUGAUCUCUGGAUUUCCGCUGGAGCUGAUGGAUGGAGAUGCUGCUCAUGUUCCUGUGGUCUGGGUUACUGCUGUUCUACAUGAACUCAUCCAGAAACUGGGAGACCAGAGAGUCUUUGUGCUGUCAGUUUUAGGGAUCCAGAGCUCUGGGAAAUCCACUAUGCUGAACGCCAUGUUUGGACUCCAGUUUGGUGUCAGUGCUGGCAGAUGCACCAGAGGAGCUUUCAUGCAGCUGGUCAGAGUGUCAGAUAAGAUGAAAGAACAGCUGAAGUUUGACUAUAUUCUGGUUGUUGAUACUGAGGGGCUUCGAGCUCUAGAACUGUCUGGAAGGUCAACAAGACAUCAGGACAAUGAAAUGGCCACAUUUGUUGUUGGUCUUGGAAAUCUGACAUUAAUUAAUAUCUUUGGAGAAAACCCAUCAGAGCUGCAGGACAUUCUUCAGAUCGUUGUUCAGGCCUUCAUGAGGAUGAAGAAGGUCAGACUGAAUCCCAGCUGCAUGUUUGUUCAUCAGAACGUUUCAGAAGUGACAGCUGGAGAGAAAAACAUGGAGGGAAGAAGACGGCUGCAGCAGACACUGGAUGAAAUGACAAAACUCGCUGCCAAAGAUGAAGUCUUUGAUGCAGAAUGUUUCAAUGAUGUCAUUACUUUUGAUAUACAGAAAGAUGUGAAAUAUUUUGCACAGCUCUGGGAGGGAAGUCCACCUAUGGCACCACCAAACCCAUCAUACUGUGAAAACAUCCACGAGCUAAAGACAACCUUUUUUAGCCAUGCUUCAAAAUCAGAUGGCUUAGAGCUGACGCACCUAAAAGGCCGUAUUAAUGAUCUCUGGGAGGCUUUACUGAAUGAACGAUUUGUGUUCAGCUUCAGAAAUGCUCUGGAAAUCGCAACAUACCGAAAACUGGAGACAGAAUACAGCAAGUGGUCCUGGAGUCUCCGCAGAACUAUGCUGGAUAUAGAGAACAAACUUUACAUCAACAUAGAAAAUGAAACAAUUGAUGAGGUUUCAGAAAGUCAUCUUCAAAUAAAACUAAAAGUGAAAAGUGAAGAAGUAGAAAAAUCAAUGUCAGAUUUCUUUGAGAGAGACAAAGAUAAAGAUAUACUGAUACAGUGGAAAGCAUCGUUUUACAUCAAAAUCAAUGAGCUUCAGGAAAACAUUGUGAGAGAAACAAAGAGGAAAUUAAAUGAGAUUCUUCAGCAGCGAGAUAUGAAGAAAAGGAUUGAUGCUCAGAGGACACGCCAUGAAAAUACUCUCUUGGAAAAGAGCAAAGAACUUGCAAUAAAACUCAAAGACAAAGCCAAUGAUGAAACAAUCCUGAAAAAGGAGUUUGGAAAGUUUUGGAAAGAGUGUGUUAAUAAGAUUAUCACAGAAACUCCUCCAAACAAAGACAUUGAUGUAUUAAAAGACAUGAAACAGUUCCUCAGUAACUAUAAAAGUGUUCCUGUAAAUGCCUGGAAAAAGAAUAGGGAUAUUUUCUCUGUGCCAAAUUAUUCAGAUUAUGUACAGUUAAAGAAAUCCUGUGGAAUUACAGAAUAUGUUAAAAAUGCCUUCAGUUCAGCUAAACAGAAGUUUGAGUUUAAAACCCAAAUUAGAGCCUUAGUCAAUGACAUUGCUCAACAUGUAGACAACAUGAUCAUGUCGUAUAACAUUGCAAAAAUGGGCUACAACAAAAGCUGCAUUCAAGAACUUGCAGAUUAUAUCAAAAUCAGAGUGGAAGAUUAUGGGCAAGGCUCCAGGGACUAUGUGUUUACGAAAGAAUUUUACAUGGAUUUGGUCAUUUCCAUCUGUAAGAGAGAAAACAAGGUAAUUACUGACCAGUAUACAAUGUUCAGGGAAGCCAAUGAUCCUGUUUUCUACUUUGAAAAGAAGAGCAAAGAGUACUAUAGUAUUUUCCAGAAAUACUGUCAAGGUGCAACAUCAGCUGCCAUUUUUGGGGAGAUCAUCUGUCAGAAACUGAAAGAUCCCAUUCAGAAGAGUGUCUACAAAGAUACAGCCAGAGAUCUGACUAAUGAAAUCCAAACAAAGUGUGACUCACUAAAUGGAAACAGAUCUAAACUAGAGAAGCACAUACUCAAAAAUCUGGCAGAAGUGGAGGAUUUUGGCAAAUACAUUACAUACUUCAACACUCCCAGAGACCACUUAAAGAGUUUUGUCAGAGAUGAAGUCAAUCAGUACAUCACUAAUAAGUUUAGAGUCAGUGUUCAGCCCAAGAUGAAGGAGAACAUUAAACUUCUGCAGCAGAAGAUCAUGGCAGCAGCUCACAGAGCUACUUCACUGGUCAACACAACUGGUGAUGUUCAGAAGUGGCUGAAUCAUUUCACACUGCAGCUCUCAGAUGUGCUGAUAUUCUCUGUAAAGGACCUCAUUGGAGUGAGUCAUGAUGGUGUGGAUGAUUUCAACCUCCUAGAAGAUGUGAUAAGCGAAGAACUUGGUUCAGUAUCAUCUGAAAUACAACAGAAAUUCAGUUCAAAUACAUUUCCUGUAAAUCUGGAACAUAAAGACAGACCAGAUGAGAUUCUGAUUGAUCAUCUCUGUCAGUGCUGCUGGGUUCAGUGUCCGUUCUGUGCAACCACCUGCACCAACACAAUAGAAGGACACUCUGGAGAUCACAGUGUUCCUUUCCAUCGCGUGGAUGGACUCACUGGAAGCUGUUAUGAUGAAACCGAAUGUCUCAGUGCAGAUUUUUGCACAACUUUAGUGAGAACUAGUAAAAUGUUCUAUACAGGUCAGUGGUUUCCGUGCAGAGAGUACAGAAACGCAGGAAAUGUUUAUGCAGAGUGGAACAUCACUCCUGACUUCUCAGAGCUAGCGUACUGGAAGUGGUUUGUGUACAGAUUUCAGGAAGAUCUGGAAAAACACUUUGAGAAAAAAUUCCACAUGUGGGAUGUGAUUUCAUAUGAAUGGAGCCAAUACUCAAAAGAGCAAGCUAUCGAGAGUUUGGAUGAAUACAUCUAAUGACAAAUGAAAAUGACGCACUUGGAGGUCUUUGAUUCAUAGUCCACAGUUUGAAAUGAGUUUGUGAAGUUGAGGGUUUUUUGAGUUGUGAAUCUUCAGGAUUCUUUUUCUGUCUAUAAAUUACAUAAAUGAAUGUUAUAUGUAAGUUACAUAUAUAGAAAUGUUUGCUCUCUAGCCGAUUACUUCAAAGCUUUCCAAAACUAAUUUAAUAUCAUUCGACAAAACUGUGUGAAAACCAAUGUGAUGUGUGCUGAAACAGUUUCAUGACACUUUAAGACUAGUCAUUAAUCUGCAGUUCAGUCAGCUACUAAUGACUAUAAAUCCUUUUUUUUGUUAAUAACUGGUUAAAAACAUUAUUUUGUUAAUGAAUGGAAUAUAUGUGCAUGACUGUAUUUCAUAUUGUUUUAUGUAAAUAAAAAAAUGAUUAAAUGGUGA